CGCUAUUGAUACGACGACGACUCAGAAUGUUUGCUGACCUGCACUGCAUCGGAGCCGCACGUCUUAUUCUAGUCGUCCAAAGCUCCCACUACACUCUCCACAGAACUUCAAUCCAUCAUGGCCUCCUCUCUCCCCUCUAACGUCCAUGUCUCCAGCCAUCCGUGUGUUCGGGUGAAACUAUCCAAGCUCCGAAGCAAGGGCACUAGCCCAAGGGACGUGCCCUCUCUGGUCAACGAGAUCGCGCUGCUCGUUGGCACUGAAGCUCUGGCUGAAGGCUUACAAGUGAGAGAUGAUGGAACUGACCAAUCUCCACUCGGCUACGAGUUCGCAACGCAAUCGCUCUCCCCGGCCUCCCUCACAAUCGUCCCGAUUCUGCGCUCCGGUCUGUCCAUGGUGCCCGCGAUAAGCUCCUUGCUCCCUGAGCCUGUACCGAUCCAUCACUUGGGUAUGUACCGUGAGAAGACUACGCUCCAGCCUGUGGAGUACUACAAUAAUCUGCCUUAUCAUGCUCCGCCGUCAGCCUUGAUCACACCCGGUUCCGCCUCUGGUCCUGCUGAGCUUGCUAUCAUUGUUGACCCGGUCGUCGCUACUGGCCAGACAGCCGAAGCAGCGAUAGAUACGCUGAAAGAGUGGGGUGUCAAGAGAGUCAUCUUCAUCGGCGUGAUUGCAAGUGAGGAGGGACUGAAGAAGGUUGCGCGCCAUCCUGAUGUCAGCAUCUGGGUUGGAGGCUGUGACAAAGAGCUUGAUGAGCGUGGCAUGAUCAAGCCCGGAUUAGGCGAUAUCGGUGAUCGUUUGUAUUUGACAAUCGGCAAAUAGUUGGCAUGCUGUUGUAGUAGCAAACAAUUCUGCAUUUGAGGCGUAUGUACGGAGCAUGACUUCGAGCCAUUGCAGCUACUGGCAACAUCUUUACAUAUAGUAGCGACAAUAGAUAUGCUUGCCAAAGCGGGUAUCAAAGUAAAAGUGGCUGUGAAG